GUGGCUUCAUCAGGUCAUCGCGAUGGCAAAGUCAUCAAGGAAUUAAUUAGAGCACCGCAUGGUGUUUCUAGUUCUGGUUCUGAUGGGGGAGGUUCAGUCCUCCUAGGUAAUCUAGUCCAAAUUUCGUUUUUUAUUAUACAUAGGUUUCCAUUGAUGACAUUGAAUCGAUCUAGUUUUAAGGUUUUUUCAUCAGAUAGAAUAACUAUAUUAUGUGCACGCAUUAGUCUGGUGAUUAAACUGUUAGGAUUGGAGAAGCACUAAGGGGGGGGUGAAGACUUAGUAAAAAUAGCUCGAGUAAAGAAAGGAGAUGAAAACUGAAAGUUUGCUGCUAAAUAAAUAAAUGUUUCAGAUGUUAGGAUCAAGAGCACUAAGGGGGGUGGGGGGAUGAAUUAGUGCAGCAGAUAAAAACGUCAAAUUCGUCAAAUCUCUAGUACGAUAAAAAUCGUUUCCGACAUAAAAUCGAUUUCGAAAACUUAACUUGAAAGCAGACCCGUUUGACUGGUGGCAUGUCCAGGAUGGAUCGAGGGCUAAGCAGCUGCUGGUUGAUUCCUGAUGGCGGAGGGCUAAGCAAUGGCCACGACCCGAGAGUCGUUCGACGAAAUUACCGACCGAACCCCCAAAGCAGUCGUCAUUCCCUCUUCUCGAAAUAGACGAUGUUGUCACAAUAUAAACCUGGAGGAUCAUAGGAGCCCGAAUGAUUAGAGUUGAGAGAUGCCUGCACCACCACCACCACUUCCUCGUCGAACCCAACAGAAUAGAGAUAGAUAGAGUAGAUGAUCCGGGUCGCACGAGGACGCGGGGGAGAAGAGGCAAAGGAAGGAAGAAUGGAAGGUGAGCCACGUCUGAUCGGUUCCCCCAUUCGUCUGUUCUUUGCCCCAACACAUUAACAGGAGCUCCGUUCCAUGCAAUGCAAAUGCAAACAGAGAACGGAAGGCGAGGCACGUUUGCCUCUCCGUUCGUCGCUGCUUCCAUACCUUCUCUGGCGCUUCCCGUGUGCAUGCAGCCAACCGAUUGCAGCCACGUGGAAGGCAAAGCAAGGAGCGAGGAGGACGAGGCCCCUCUUUCGCCUCUCUCACACCCUCCCACACGCACAGGGAGAAAGCAAGAGAGAGAGAGAGAGAGAGAGAGCCAUGGCCACACCAUUGCCGCGUAGCCCUUCCACUUCUCGCAGAAGCACCGGCCGCCUCCGCUUCUCCUUUCACCCCUGCUCCUCCCGCUUAGCCCUCCUUGCUCUCUCCUCCUCCCUCCUCCUCUGCUUCCACAUGGCGGCGGAAGGCAUCCCGUCUCGGACCAAGACCGUGGCGGGCCACAACCUGGACCCCACGCCAUGGCACCUCUUCCCCCGCGUUAAGCAGCAACUGCGCCCCCUCGCAGUCUUCCGCUGCCACUUCCUCUCCUGCCCUCGCAGGCGCAUUCCGCCCCCCACCAUGCCGAAGCCGCGGCGGCCUUGCCCGUCCUUCUUCCGGUGGAUCCACCGCGACCUGCAGCCGUGGCGGCGAUCCCGCAUCUCGCCUGCGAUGGUGGCCGAGGCGGGCAGACACGCCGCGAUGCGCGUAGUGAUCUUGGAGGGGAAGCGCCUUUUCGUGGACCUUUACUACGCCUGCGUGCAGACCAGGGCCAUGUUCACCAUCUGGGGCCUGCUGCAUCUCCUGCGGAGGUACCCCGGCAUGGUCCCCGACAACGGGUCCGAGUACUGCCCCGGCAACGGUGGCGCCGAUGGCAGUCAUUUGCCGCCACCGCCGCCGCUCUUCCGCUACUGCACCACCAGAGAUCAUCUUGACAUCCCCUUCCCGGACUGGUCUUUCUGGGGCUGGCCUGAAAUAAACAUUAAACCCUGGGAUGAAGAGUUUCAAAACAUCAAGCUCAGUUCUCAAACUAUGAAGUGGAGGAAAAGGGCAAGAACUGCAUACUGGAAAGGCAACCCUGAUGUUCAAUCACCCAUAAGGGAGGCAUUGUUGAGUUGCAAUGACUCUAAGAUGUGGGGAGCACAAAUAAUGCGCCAAGACUGGGUAGAAGAAUCAAGAUCUGGUUUUAAAAAAUCUAGCCUCUCAAACCAGUGCAGCCACCGCUAUAAGAUAUAUGCUGUGGGUUAUGCAUGGUCGGUGAGCUUGAAGUACAUCAUGGCAUGUGGAUCCCUGGCAUUGAUCAUCAAACCGCAGUACGAGGACUUCUUCAGUCGUGGUCUUGUUCCGAAAGAAAAUUACUGGCCCAUCAGUCCCACUGACUUGUGCCAAUCUAUAAAGUUUGCAGUUGAAUGGGGAAAUCAGAAUCCAUCUAAGGCAGAAGCCAUAGGGAAGAGGGGGCAGGCAUUUAUGCAGGAGCUGGACAUGGAUCACGUAUACGAUUACAUGUACCACCUCAUUGUGGAGUACUCUAAAUUGCAGGAUUUCAAGCCAGCUCCUCCGUCGUUGGCUCAAGAGGUCUGCGUGGAGUCCAUUCUUUGUCUUGCAGACAAGCAGCAAAGAGAGUUGCUUGAGAGAUCAUAUGCUUCGCCUUCUUCCUCUUUGCCAUGCACUCUUUUUCCACCCAGCUAGCAACUGGUGUGUUUGCGAGACUGUAAAAUUGUAAAUAGAACUUGUAAUUGUGUCUUUAUUUUUCAUCUCACUCUGUUUUGUAGCUUUUGAAUCCCUGUUACUCUUCUUUUAGAUAGAGACAACAGCAAUCAAUCUAUAGUCCAUUGAGAAUAUCCAGUGGUUGAUAUAGGCCUUGUCGCAAGUAUGAGCGUCUUCGAACGUUAU